AUGCGACUAAACUUUCAAAUCAUGUGGUUCAUUAUAUUGUCGUCUGUUACACAAAUAGAAUUCGCUUCGGGCUACUCAUCCCGCCGGGAUCUGCAUAGAGCAGCGCAUCAGGCUCGGUUUAAGCGGCUAUUGAACCACAAUAGCAAAUUCGUCGACGACAGAGGCAGUUUCCAGGGCACUGGGGAGAGGGAUCACUCGGGCUGUGACAAUGAUGGCGACAAGCCGUCGCCCCAACCCAGACCCAGAAAGUUGAACUCGAAAUCCCAUGGGACGGGCAUAGCGAUGAAAGCAGCGAUAGAGGCUAAACAGGCCAACGAUGAUAUGGAGAGUGCGGUGAAGGAGGCGUCCGAUCGGAUUAAGCUCGAGUUUUCGGAGAAGGCGGCCGCAGCUGCCAGGGCGGCGGAAGCUGUGCUGUCGGGAAAACUUCAGGUGCUCGAGCAGCUGGAGAUGGAGGUGCGGGAGGCUGAGAUAAUUGUGCAGGAGGAAUCUUCGGAGCUCAGCUCAGCCGAGUCGAACAGCCAGUUGGCGCUCAAAGCACAUCGACAAGCCCAGGAGGAGCUGAAGCUGCUUAUCACCGGCCAGAAGCUGGCCAGAGAGAAUUGCGAUAGCGCAGAGCAGGUCUCGGCCGCCUGCCAGCAGUCCAUGGCGGACAAGACCAGCCUCCUGGAGGCAGCCCAGAAGCGCGUCUCCGUUCUGCUGCGCCAACUGAGUGAAGCCCGCAACGACUAUGCCAAAACCCAGAAGGCCGCACGCAAUGCACUCUGCGCGGCCAACGAGGCGAGGCAGCGAAUUAAUCACGUCAAACCCUGAGCUAAUCGAAGAAAUUUGUCUCUCAAGGAGUUGGUAUAAUUUCCUUAAGCAUACUUGUGUAUAUAUAUAUUUUGUAUUGAUCAAUCCGUAGAAUAAGAGCAAACCCACAUAAUCCGUA